GUCUCUGUGUCAGUCUAAUGGUGCGUUUCGGAUGUGAUACACGGUCUUUUUUCCGCACGGUAACACGGGAGUGACAAUUUUCGUGAAGGUUCAGUGAAAUUCCUUCCAGAAGCGUCUGUCGGUGCGGAACUUCCAGGCCCCAGGUCUGUCUCGGAACAGCUGAUUCAACAAUAAAACGUACACACUCGCACAUUGAGUGAAUGGAUCACGUAGUAGGCGGAUGGUCUUCGUAAAGGGGAGGAUCUCAAGCGGAUUCAUUGUUUGCAGUUUGAUUCGCGAGACGAUUAAGGUGAAAUUCGCGGCACACUUGGAUGUGUGGCGGCGGUGGCGCGUCCAAAUUUGACGUUUCUGUGUUAGUGUGUGAUGGCAACGGAGAAAUUAACAGCUAACUGUUAGUUGAUGAGUGAGUUGUGAACUAGGUGGAAGUUUGGAAAAGUGAUCAAACGAGAAUAAAACCAUCGUCUGAGACAGAAAGCGCCAGCAAUUCGCCAUGUCGCCAGCAUUCCUAGCGGUCGUGGCCGUGAUACUGUGCAUCCUGUUCCGGCUACUCAAUGUCAACAGCCAGCCCCAGAUACCGCAGAUGUUCUGCCGGGAUGGACAGUUUAUGGAGUGCUUCAACAAGAUCGCACCAAUGCUCAGAGAACCAUACAUUCCAACGCGUCUGUGGGGCUUCAGCGGACACAUCCAGACCAUUAUUCACAGCAUCAUAGGUCGAGUCAAGUGUCCCUGGCCGCUGGGGGAACGCGUCUACCUGGCUCUGACGGACGGAUCUACGCUAACGUACGAUCUGUACCAGCCGCUUAUCAACGGUGUCGAAGGUAGACAUGUCAUGACUCAUAGAUCACAUUCAAAGACUAAACAUUUUGACCUCUUUCCAGAUGACAUCACGGUCGCCAUCUGCCCGGGCAUUGGCAACUCGUCGGAGUCGGUCUACAUUCGCACCUUUGUCCACUACGCCCAGUGCCACGGCUACCGGUGUGCCGUCCUUAACCACAUUGGCGUGCUGGACAGCGUUCAGGUUACGUCCGGGCGGAUCUUCACGUAUGGUCACACCGACGACUAUUCCGCGAUGAUCAACCACCUGCUGAAGAAGUACCCCACGACGAACAUCGUGUCGGUUGGCUUCUCGCUUGGCGGCAACCUGAUCUCCAAGUACCUCGGGGAGGCAUCCCGGCCGAAGAACAUCAUCGGUGGCGUCUCGAUCUGCCAGGGAUACAACGCCGUGGUGGCCACCCAGUGGCUGCUCAAGUGGCAAAACUUUCACCGCUUCUACCUGUACGUUCUGACCGAGAACGUCAAAAGUAUUAUCCUGAAGCACCGGCACGUGCUGCUGGCGGACGACAUCAAGCAGCGGUACCAGCUGAACGAGCGGGACAUUUCCGCGGCGGCGACGCUGCCCGAGCUGGACGAGGCGUACACGCGGCGCGUGCACAACUUCAAGACGCUGAAGGACCUGUACAGCUGGAGCAGCUCGCUCAACUACCUGGCCAACAUCAAGCGACCGAUGGUGUUUGUGAACGCGCGGGACGACCCGCUGGUGCCGGACACGCUGCUUAACCCGAUCCGGGAGUUUACGAACUCUCACAACCAAUCGCUGUACAUCGAGCUGGCUAACGGUGGUCACCUCGGUUUCUACGAAGGUGGCCUCAUCUACCCGAAUCCGGUGACCUGGCUGGACCGCGCGCUGGUGUCGCUCAUCGGAGGCAUCGUCAUGUCCCACAACGAUCUGCUGGUGGCCAAGGGAAGCCUCACGACGACCGUCAUCUAAGAUCCGCUCAAGUUCCCCUCGCCUCGUGUGGCUCUCCUGCUUUCCGGGGUUCCGUCGACUCCCUCGCUGCGGGGGAUUCUGCUCGCCCUACUUAAGCUGCUGCUGUCUGCGGUGGCCCGACGCAAGGGCGAACUCUCGGCGGCGGGACUGGCGUCUUCAUCCGGGGCCGUGACACCCGGGGUAGUGGUGCACCACCACCACCACCUGCAGCAGGAGGUAAGCUUUGGCGAAGGGAAUGGCGACUCGUAGAAUGGUCCAAUCUGGGACGGAACGACACUCAAGUCGAUAAAAUUACGGAACCGCACCCAGCGAGUGUGGUUUGUGCCGUGAUGUGUGAUGUUAUUUUUGCACCUUUUUUAAAACUUGAUUUUUGUGAGAAACACGCAUAAAUUUGUGUAAUUAGGGAAGUUUUAUUACCAGUUUUGACAAAAUUAGAGUGUUGUCAAACAAUGCUUGUAAUAGUCAGUAUAAAUUAAUAACGCGUGGAGUUUGACUGCUUGAAAGGUGUUAUUUAUUGCCACUAUCGUUGACAAUUUGAGCCAGUUAAUUUCAAAAUAACGAUGCGAAACCGCAAAACAAAAACACGUCAGAACGAACGUAUCUCACUUAUUUGAUACAUUUUACGACCAAAUAAAUCCUUUUCGUUCAAUGAUCUUAGCAUAAACUAAUUUAUAAAAAAAACAUAAUCAACAAAAAUCAUUCUAUACCUAUCUGUGAACUCCAAUACAUUGCAGCUUAUCGAACUGACCCUUUCCACAAACGCAAAAAACGGCCAAGUUUGAUAGCUGUCCUCAUAUUAUCAUCCCAUUCUUAUACAAAUCUUAGUACUCAUUCAUCCCGCAACUGUACUCACUCAGCUUCAACGACUGCAUUUUUGAAGUGGUUUUCCCUUAGAAGUAAAAAAAUAAAUAAAAAAUAAUCAAAAUGAAUUCCUGAAAAAAACCUACAAAACCGCCAACCUGUGGCCACGUCGUACGUGUCUAAAACCAAACUAUCUACACAACAGCGAAAGGUCCUUUUUCAACCAAAAAAUCCAAAAAGAAAAACGCUACAAAAUAACGUUAGAGCAGUUUGAAACUAAAUGUCUGUAUACAAAAAAAAAAAAAACAGUGUUGUUCACGUGUAGUUUGUGGUUUUUACUGAAAAAAUAAAAUAAAAGCGCAAACGCAAAGGUUUUACAGCAUUCCGCAGGAUACACAAAAUGGCUUCACCGAAUGGUUUUCAACGAGCAGGAAGAAGCACAAACGCUACUUAGAGGAAGAAGAAGAAGAAGAAAAAGUACAACCGGAGCAGUUGAGUAAUUUUACACACGGACACCAGAGAAAGUGAGUGCAGGGAUUUUUGGGCGGUUUUUUGCACCUAAGAUGGUCAACAGGAGAGCGCGUGGUAGGAAUUGUAGGACGGACUGUCGUGCGUUCUAGUAGAGGUAUUUUUACGCGUGUAGGCGUUUUACGGAAUUGCUGACGGUAUCGGUAGACGAGGAUAGCUUCGUACGCUACUGCAACAGUGCUAGAGGAUUGUAAUAAAGAAACUAGCUGGAAGUAAUUGUGUAGAAAA